AUGAUCCUCCACUGCAGUUCGUCCACGGCCCCAACUGUGCAGGCCAAUGCCAAGAGAAAGCUCCAUGCCUGGGCAGCCACUGACUCCCCGAAAGCCAGGAAUGGUGGGGAAGACAGUGGGAACCUGGUGCCCAGGGACCUGCAGAAAGACACAUCUAACAUGUCAUUUGAGGAGCCACUGGAAUUGCAGAGCCAAGUGGGGACUAAGACAUACAAACAAUUGGCAGCUGGGAACAGCCCUAAGAAGCAAGGUUCUAGACCACCAAUCCAAAAUGGAUAUAUUGCAGAUAAGCACAGGCCUUUGGAAAUGUCAAAGUUGGUGCCAUUUUUGUAUCAAGUUGUCCCCAUCAGUAAGAAGAAGGUAGUCUGGGACUCCUGUUUUGACGAUUUGUCAGGGGAAUACAACGUGGAAGUGUUGAAUGACAUCCGAGCCAAAGAGAAAGAACUUGUGAAAAAGCAACUGAAGAAGCACUGUUCAAGGGAGGAGCAUGCGGAACUGCAGCAGCCACUUCAGUGAAUGGAGCAGCAAGAAAUGGCCCAGGAGGACUGAACGUGGCAGAAGGAGCGGUGCCUGGCUCUGAAGCAGGAGCCGCGCCAUCAGGCCCAGCAGGGCCAUCGUCUGUACUUCCUCAAGAAAUCUGAAGAGCGCCAAUUGGCCCUAGCUGAGAAGUUCAAGGAGCUGAAACACAGCAAGACACUAGAUACCUGA